GUCGCUCCUUCGGUGGCGGCGGCGCAAGAUGGCGGGCCGGUCUAUGCAAGCUGCAAGAUGUCCUACAGACGAACUGUCUUUAAGCAACUGUGCCGUGGUCAACGAGAAGGACUUCCAAUCUGGCCUGCACGUCAUCGUGAGGACCUCCCCAACCCACAAAUACGUUUUUACGCUACGGAGCCACCAGUCAGUCGUUCCAGGCAGCAUUGCGUUCAGUUUGCCUCAGAGAAAAUGGGCUGGACUCUCCAUUGGACAAGAUAUAGAUGUUUCCCGGUAUGACUUUGAUAAGACCAAGCAGUGCAUUGGCACUAUGACCAUUGAGAUAGAUUUCCUUCAGAAAAAGAGCAUCGACUCCAACCCUUAUGACUCAGACAAAAUGGCAGCAGAGUUCAUCCAGCAAUUCAACAACCAGGCGUUCACAGUUGGGCAGCAGCUUGUGUUUAGCUUUAAUGACAAGCUUUUUGCCCUCGUGGUCAAGGACAUUGAAGCCAUGGAUCCCAGCAUCCUCAAAGGAGAGCCAGCUUCAGGCAAGAAGCAAAAGAUUGAAAUUGGUCUUGUUGUUGGGAACAGUCAAGUGGCAUUUGAAAAGGCGGAGAACUCUUCUCUCACUCUCGUGGGCAAAUCCAAAACCAGAGAGAACCGCCAAUCUAUCAUCAACCCUGACUGGAACUUUGAGAAGAUGGGCAUUGGGGGCCUUGACAAGGAAUUCUCCGACAUCUUCCGACGGGCGUUUGCUUCCCGAGUGUUUCCACCUGAGAUUGUGGAGCAAAUGGGCUGUAAGCAUGUGAAAGGCAUCCUCCUCUAUGGACCCCCUGGCUGUGGAAAGACCCUUAUGGCCAGGCAGAUUGGCAAGAUGCUGAACGCCAGAGAGCCCAAAAUUGUGAACGGGCCAGAAAUCCUCAACAAGUACGUUGGCGAGUCAGAGGCCAACAUUCGGAAGCUCUUUGCAGAUGCGGAAGAGGAACAGAGGAGGCUCGGCGCAAACAGCGGCGUCCAUAUCAUCAUCUUUGACGAGAUUGAUGCCAUCUGCAAGCAGCGAGGGAGCAUGGCCGGGAGCACCGGAGUCCAUGAUACUGUUGUCAACCAGCUGCUGUCGAAAAUUGAUGGGGUUGAGCAGCUGAACAACAUCUUGGUUAUUGGUAUGACUAACAGGCCGGACCUGAUAGAUGAGGCUCUUCUGCGACCUGGACGGCUGGAGGUGAAAAUGGAGAUUGGUUUGCCAGAUGAAAAGGGCCGAAUGCAGAUUCUGAACAUACACACAUCAAGGAUGCGAACCCACAAGCUGCUGGCUUCCGAUGUGGAUGUUGGGGAGCUGGCUGUGGAGACCAAGAACUUCAGUGGCGCCGAGCUGGAGGGUCUGGUUCGUGCAGCACAGUCCACCGCUAUGAACCGGCAUAUCAAGGCCAGCACUAAAGUGGAAGUUGAUAUGGAGAAGGCAGAAUCCCUGCAGGUGACGAGGAGUGACUUCCUUGCUUCCCUGGAGAAUGACAUCAAACCGGCAUUUGGGACCAAUCAGGAGGAUUAUGCAAGCUACAUCAUGAAUGGCAUCAUCAGUUGGGGUGACCCUGUUACCCGGGUCCUGGAUGAUGGGGAGCUUCUUGUGCAACAGGCCAAGAACAGUGACCGUACCCCCUUGGUCAGCGUCCUUUUGGAAGGUCCCCCACACAGUGGAAAGACAGCCCUAGCUGCAAAAAUUGCAGAAGACUCUAACUUCCCCUUUAUCAAGAUCUGCUCUCCCGAUAAGAUGAUUGGCUUUUCGGAAACUGCCAAGUGCCAGGCUAUAAAGAAGAUCUUUGAUGAUGCUUACAAGUCUCAGCUCAGCUGUGUGGUGGUGGAUGACAUUGAAAGACUCUUAGAUUAUGUCCCAAUUGGGCCACGAUUCUCCAACUUGGUGUUACAAGCUCUGCUGGUGCUGUUGAAGAAGCCGCCACCUCACGGUCGUAAGCUCCUGAUCAUCGGGACCACCAGCCGCAAAGACGUCCUGCAAGAGAUGGAGAUGCUGGAUGCUUUCAGCACAAUGGUUCAUGUCCCCAACAUUGCCACAGGAGAUCAUCUCAUGGAGGCCCUUGAGCUCUUGGGCAGCUUCAAAGACAAAGAACGCAACACCAUUGCACAGAAUGUCAAAGGGAGGAAAGUGUGGAUCGGGAUCAAGAAGCUGCUGAUGUUGAUUGAGAUGUCUUUACAGAUGGAUCCUGAGUACCGUGUGAGAAAAUUCCUGGCACUUCUAAGAGAAGAGGGAGCUAGCCCACUUGACUAAGAAGGAAGUGAGGACUAUGGGAAGAAUCCAGUGGCCGUGGAAGUAGCCAGCCAAGAGGACCCUCCCCCCAGAUCUCCUCUUUUCCAUGUGGCACGUCCAGACAAGACUGCAGUGUCUGCCUCCCUGCAGAGAUCCCACCCCCAAAACAUUUUGCAUGUGGGACACAGCCAGAUUGUGCGCCCUUCUAUCUUGUUGUCUUGAAUAUCCUGGUGUCAUGUGGCAAAUUGAAUCUCUUUUCCAGUAAUUGUGCUUUUGUACUUUGCUAUCUGCUGCAGCCCCCCCCCCCAUCUAUAUUGGCACAUGGCAUGGUUGGGGGGGAGGAGCGGAAGGAGCACCGGCAUGCUGUGUAUACACCUGCAGCGGUUAAUGCUCGAGUGGCAGUGCCUCGUUUUCUACAUUGCUGCUAAGGCCCCCCUCAGCUCCUCCUUCCUUGACUCCACCAAAGCAGUGUGCAAAACACUUGAUGGUUGUAUAGUUGUAACUGCCUUCCUCCGUUCACGGACCAGUCAGUUCCUUGUAUCCCAUUGGGGACCUUCAGACCAGGUCCCCAGGCAGUAAUAACAGAAAUGUUCGGUCAUGCUCAAGGUUUCUGGUGAACCUGUUCCCAAAAUGCAUUUUCUGUGUGAAUUCUAGACAAGUGGGAUGCUGUGGCCCAUUUGUCUCCAAUGAUACUUGCCCGCUGGAAGCGGCUUCAUGUACAAUUCACCAGAGAUCAAAUAGCUUAGUCCUACCUGUACCACAGACUUCUUAAUAAUCCUGUAACACUUUGAAAAACAUAUUUCUGCUUUCUGCCAUAUGGUUUGUACUUGCUGGAAUCUGACUUCUGUACGGUUUUGUUUCCCACUGGUGUGUGUUUUUAGGAAUGCAGCUUCCAUAGUCCGUAGGUACCAGGUGAAUCCGUUCAUCUUGGCUGCCCUCCACCCCCCAACCCAUGUGGCUCCCAGGGUCCAGCACAGACACUCCAGUUUAUUUCUCUCUGGCUUUUCGCCAUGGCAGCAACCUGAGGGGGAAAGCUCAGCUUGUUUUUUCCAGGAAUAUUUGCAGUGAUUUCUGUUGUGCACUGAACCAGCAAGCAGCUUUCUGGGCAUGCCUGAUCUGUUGCUCCUGAGCAGUCAUUCAGAAGCUCUUUAAACAGCUUGCCUGAACAACCUGCCACGAUGUGUGGAGAAGCUAAUCUUGGUGUCGCUGCAGUCCCUGAGGGUAGUUCCCUGUCAGCACCACAACCUGACAGAAGUUUCGAGUGGAAUCCUCCAACUGAAUCCUGUGCUUUGCAUAAGCUUCCCUUC